AUGAAGGCCUUUGCGGUGCCUGUACUGCCGAAGUCGAUGCCCGGUGUUACUGUGGCAAGGUCGAAAAAAUCAUCCAAUGCAACGACAAGCAAGAGGAAAGGAUGGACUGCGGGAUACAUCACUGUGAAAAGCCAUGUCAUCCUCAGGAUUCAGCCACACCCCACUGCCCAAGGUCCGUCGACAUUGUCACUCAUUGCCCGUGUGGGAAGACUCCGGUGGCUGAGCUUGAGAAUGAGCCCCGAAAAGCAUGCACCGACCCCAUCCCAAGCUGUGAGAAACCAUGUGGUAGAAAAUUGCCUUGUGGCCACUCCUGCGCGCAGACUUGUCACACUGGGGACUGCAGUCCGUGCAACCUCAAGAUCUCAACGCCAUGUCGAGGCUCUUCACAUCCCUGAUGACCACACCGAUGACCAUGUCCCAUAUUCGACCGCGACUCUCAAGAUGUAUCUGGAGGAUGUUGCAUGGGCACACAAGCAAGAAGAAAUCUUGAGGAUCUUCGCAGCAGACGAAAAGGAAAAGAGAUAUCACUUCAAGCCGAUGAAGAACCGCCAGAGAGCAUUCAUCCAUAGUCUGGCUGAAGACUUCGGACUGGACGGAGAAAGCCUGGACCCCGAGCCACACCGCCACGUGUUGUUGUUCAAGACCCCCAAGUUUGUGAGUGCUCCAAUGAAGACUCUUGCUCAAGCGGCAAGGAUCAAGCGGGCGCAGUUAAACGUCUCUGCUCCCGUAACCGCCGGGCCGGAACGGAAAGCAGACGAGGUCAAGCACGACUACAAUGGCCUCCUAUUGACCAAGCCGAAAUUUGCCUUGACCGAGGACGAGUUGCGGCCUCUGAUCAAGAAAUCAGCACCAACCACGGACUUUGACAUCAUCUUCUUAUCCAAGGAGCAGGGCGUAGCACUUCUUCCCACCAUGUCUUCUGUCAACCCUGAGCAGCUGGUCACUCUUCUCACAAGCCUCCAGCCUACUAUUGCCGGCGAGGUGAUGAAAAGUGAUAUGGGCGCUUCGGUUGUUCUGUGUCAAUUUGACACCUCGGAUCUCGAGCCCAAAAUUGUUGAGCAACAAGGCAGGCCGGGCCCAGCGAUCAGCAAUGGCUGGUCUCAGGUUGCGGCAAAGAGAGCAGUCCCCAUGGCAGCACCUCAAGUCAAGCCUGUGGGACAGCGUCCGGUUUACACUGUGCUGGGAAGUCGCCUGGCAGAAGCAAAAAGGAAGAAGCAGGAGAACGAGGAGAGGCUCCGGAAAAAGGCACAAGCUCAAGACGUUGUGGAUGACUGGGAGAAAGCGAUCGAUCAAGAAGAGACCGCCGAGGUUGACAGGAGGGCCAGCGAGGCUAGCCAGGAAAGCGUCGCAUUAGCCUAA